ACAUCAACGAAACAGACUCCGAGCCGAACACAUCUACUACUUACUUCUUAAAGACACUUUAUCAGUCGGUUUGAUGCAUGGACCUAUCCACGGAAGAUUAUCUAUUGUUACUCGGGGUGCUGUGACAAUGCUCAGCACCCCCAGUGACAAUAGACUAAUCCUCCGUGGAUAGGUCCCUGGUUUGAUGUCUGUUUCAUUUGUGUCACUGGAUCACAUAUCUACUUUAUUGUGUGUUACUUUUAUUGCACGAUUUCCGUAGAAUUUGAUUUGUACAUCCUUGAAAGUCAAUAGCACGCUGGAGAUAAACACCGUGGAGAAUAUAAUUCAGUAUCUUUAUUGAUCAAAAGGCGACCUUCGCAUGCGAUAAUCUAAAACGUACACAAUAAACUCACUUCUUACGUUACGCACUUCAGAACAUUCAAUCGUAUUCAACAUAAAGUAUCCAAAUGUCCGUCUGAGCCAGCGCACGCCGACGUACUGUAUGCGUGCGGCCAGUCGUUUACUCCUUCAAUCCCACUCAUUAUUAUCAAGCAUUCCAUACUUGAUAUCAAGCAUCGCAUUUUCUUGACAAUAUGAAAUAUCGCGAAUUAAAUACUUUCUGUGAAGAAUCAUCUGAGUUGUUAAUAAAAGGCACUUCUUGAUGUCAAGGAAAUGCGUUAAGAAAACGACUCGUCAUAGCCUACGUACGUUGGCAUACACGGGCUUAAAAGAAUCCAUCAAAGUGUGCUUGUUUGCUUGAGAUCUGCGAUCCAAGUCAUAAAAUAGUCGUUUUGGGCACAAUCUGUUGAUAUCUUUGAAUCGAACUCGGAGGCUUGCGAAAGGGAACAAAAUGGCGACUGAAUGUGAAACGGAACCGGAUAUGACCCCUUCCAUUAAGCCCAAUCAAUACAAGGGGGUUACUCUUCCACCCCAUGCAUUGCCUGAAGUGGUUGAGGACCUGCAAUCCUUCAAGUUUCGACCAGAUGAUAUCCUUAUUGUCACCUCACCGAAAUCAGGAACACACUGGGCGUUUGAAACUGCCGCACUUAUCAAGGCCGAUGGAGUUUGGGAAAAUGUGAAACGAGACACCUUGAAGAAUCAUCUCGAGUUCACGCUCCUCAACAAAGAGUCGUAUGAUAAAAGUAUGCCCUUGAUCAUGUUCUAUAAAGAGCUGGACAAGAUGCCCUCCCCACGGAUCAUGUUCACUCAUCUUCCCAUCGAGCUUCUUCCGCCGGACGUCUUUGAAGUCAAUGCUAAGAUCAUCUACACAGCAAGGAAUCCAAAAGAUGUGUUGGCAUCGCUGUAUAAAUUCAUCGGUCUGACGCCUGAUGCCAAGUUUGUAACAUGGGAAAUGCUGUAUUCUUCAGUCUUCACUGAAUAUUUCAUGUAUGGUCCCUGGCAUCGGCACGUUCUAUCGUUCUGGAAACUACGGAAUGACAAAAAUGUUCUCUUCUUGAAAUACGAGGACAUGAAAAAGAAUCCCUCUAAGAUCGUCACUCAAAUCGCCGAGUUCAUCGAUCACCCAAUCUCAGACGAUGUCCGAGACGAGAUCGUCAAGAAAACUACCAUGGACCAGAUGAAGAAAGAGAUGAAGAGACUGGAAGAUACACUAGAAGAUGGCUAUAUUUUCAGCAAGGCAUUCGGCAAACUCAGCUAUUUCCAAAAAGGUGUAAUUGGAGACUGGAAAAACUUUUUCACGGUGGCCCAAAAUGAAGAAUUCGAUAAACAACUAGAGGAGAGGCUAGGGGAAACUGGGCUGGACUUCGACUACGAGUAAUUUCCAUCGAUAUUCUUUUAAAGCUCUUAAACUUAAAAGUACUCGGAGAGGUCAGGUGCACAAAGAUCCACACUUUUCCUCCUGCUUUUUCUUGCUUUUUGUAUGGCCCCAUAAUAUUAUAAUAUUAAAUGUGUCGUACGGGACAUUUCUGAUUUCCGUACGACACACAACAUUUUCACCUUUAGUUUCAAUUUUACAUACAUAACACGUUAAGAUUUAUACAGCCAUAAUAUUGUAAUUGAUUUAUGAUUUUAACCUAAAUCUAAUAAGUACAAUGAAGUAUGUACGUAUAUCUGUCUAUCAAUGCAUUUGUGCACAAUAGCCGACCUGGUCUAGAAUAAAGAUAAGGGUCCUAAAAUGUGCUUUAUUUUAUUUCGAGAACACAAUAAAGUCUUCAAAGGGACAAUUAAAUUUUAUUUACUUCAAAACUAUUCACAAGUACAAUAAUUCUUACAAAAUAAAGAUAUGGGGUGUGUGUGUCUGUCCAAAUUUUUUAAUAGGUGUUGCCGAUUAUAUGUAUGCACGUAUCUUUUAAAUCUUACUUUUUUUUAAUCAGUGAUACAUGAUGUGGUUUAUAUGAUUGGAGCUUGGCUUUAUAUAAUGCUCAGCCUUUCUACCACUUCUUAUACUUUCAUUUUUGUCCGAGUAAAGUAAUUAAUUUCUGUUAUUAUUUUUUUCUUUUUGAUUGUUUGCUUACUUUCAAUGUCAUAAUUAUUUGUAUAAUUUGUUGUCUAUGUUAUUAUAUCUUUAUAAAUGUUUUUUUAUGAAAGUAUUGAAUAAAUGAAUUAAACUGUUGAAUUGAGAGAGAAAAUGAAAUAUAUCGACACUGUUGUUAUGAAUCGGAUUUACGAAUGGGUCGGGACAUGAAAUUGAAAGCAGUAACAGGGGCGGAUCCAGGAUUCACCAAAGGGGGGGGGGGCACAUUUUCCCUAAUUUGACAAGCAAGAAAAAAGUUUACAUUACAAAUUUUUAAUUGUGCCUGUCAAAGGGGGUGGGGGCACAGGCCGGCUGUGCCCCCCCCCCCCCCCCGAUCCGCCAGUGAACAAUAAUAUUCAUCUUUCGCGGAACUAUUGCGGUCCUAAUCGAAAAUUCAAUUAAAUCGGACUUUGUGUUUCUGUUGCCAUAUCCAGUUUCUUUUUUCUUUUUCUCAGGGGUCAUGUUUGGCUGUUGUUUUUUGUUAAUUGUAUAUUUUUCAUAUUACUAAAAAUAAUAUAUUGAUAUUUUACAUACAGUGGUACUAAAAAGUUAGUGAACCCCAUCAGAAAAUGAACAUAUCUAAAAGUGUUCAAAUUCUGCCAUCAUUUAGAUAUUACUGUUAAAUUAGGUGAUAAAAUAUUACAUUCAAUAUAGAUUGCUUCUCUUGGCUCACCGGACAUCAUGGACAUUGUAGCAUCGUUGUCUAUAUUCAACACUCAUCUUGAAGGGGUGCAUAUUGUGGUGGGGUUCACUAACUUUGUAGCACCACUGUAUAUUUGUCACAUUUUUAUGAAAUUCUAUAACAUAAUAAAUUUGAUACAAUUGGUUAAGGUUAUGUUUCUUGCAACGUUGAUUCGAGUUUGUCGAUUAAAAUUCAUGUUCGUUUUAUAGCAAAGGGCGAACGUUCCGUAUAAUAA